CCAAGCAAACCACUCAUCCCCGCUCUCAAAAUGGGUUCCGAAACCCCCACCAACGCCCUCUGGACCACCCAGUCCGUCCUCGCAACCCUCCCCCACCCGCCCGAAGAAAACGCCCGCACGCCGAUCCCGUUCUUCCACCUCCUGGAGCGCCUGAAGACGACCAAGCGCGAGGGCUGGCGCCGGUUCGGCAUUAACUCCGGCGAAUCGAUCUCGGACCACAUGUACCGGAUGUCGAUCAUGACGAUGCUGGCGCCCGCGACGCUGGCGCCGCGGCUGAACCUGGCGCACUGCAUGAAGAUGGCGCUGAUCCACGACAUGGCCGAGUCGCUGGUGGGGGACAUCACGCCGGUGGACAAGGUGGACAAGACGGAGAAGGCGCGGCGCGAGGCGGACGUGAUGGACUACAUCGCCGGCACGCUGCUGGCCGGGGUGCCGGGCACCGGUCCCGCCACGGGGCAGGAGAUCCUGGCCGUGUUCCACGAGUACGAGGCCAACGAGACGCUGGAGGCGCAGUUCGUGCACGACGUCGACAAGAUGGAGCUGCUGCUGCAAAUGGUCGAGUACGAGCGCGCCAGCGGCGUGGACCUGACGGAGUUCUGCCAUGUGGCGGGCCGGAUCCAGCUGCCCGAGGUGAAGGAGUGGGCGGCGACGGUGAUGCAGGAGCGGGAGGCGUUCUGGGCGGGGAAGAAGGCUGCCGCUAGUGCCGCUGCCACUACUGCCAACGGGUCGUCGGCGGCGUGAAGCGAAAAUGAUGGUGCAAUGACAUAUUCUCCGGCGUUGUUGUUUUGGCAGGGGGGCGUUAGGAACCGCGAUCACGAUGGGAAAGCAUGAACCAUGAACCAUGAAAUCCGGAUAGAGAUUCGUUACCGUUG